CUACUGUCACAAAGCUUGGAGCUGAACCAGAGGCAUCACAUCAUGCAUCUGCUACCGGAAAUUGAUUGUGGGCCCAAGGCAUGGGCAGUGCUCAAGGACCUGCACGCUCCGACAUCGGUUGCCGCUUCUCUCAUGCUGGAUCGGGAGCUGUCCAUGCUGCGGUUGAGCGAGAAUGAAGCUGUGCAGCCCGUACUGGACAAGAUGAGGGAACUCUACGCGAAAUUGGCGAUUGCAGGCAUCACGUACCCAGAGCAGACAAAGUGUCUCAAGAUGCUCAGCCUGCUGCCGGAGUCUUGGCUGCAAUUUAUAAGCGGACUCAGCUUGCCACAAAACCAAAGUCAAUGGACAUUGGAGUGGAUUCGCACCAAGAUUCUGGAAGAAGAUUUUCGUCGCUAUACACUGCGCGGAGGUGAUGACAGCACCAGCGGCUAUGCCAUGCAAGGGACAUGGAGGGAUCGAGGGCGUGGCAAUCGCGGUCGCUCUUACCACAGCCAAGGUGGUCGCGGGACUUGGAACCAGCGGGGCGUGGUGGCGCUGGUGCAAGAGGAAGAGGUGGUCACUCCAACAAUGACAACAGUGAACCACGCUUGAGGGGAGAGUGCUGGGGAGGUGGAGGGGAACCCGUGCAUUGCCUACGUGCAGUACAUCGUGCUGCCCUGGUUCAAGCAGUUUGAGGUGGAGCGCAAGGAGGA